GCUUCCGAGAAGGCUUCUGCGUGCUGAUGCAGCUUAUUUCAGGGCUUGUGCUUUCCUUUGGUCGCGGUUCCGGCCGGGAGCAGAACUCUACUCGGUUUUGUAUCUGACACGAAAUGCCGUGAUCGCGUUAGUUCCGUUGCUGCCAUCGAUGUCUGCUCAGAUUGUUGCAAUGAAUAUGAUCCUCUACUCCAGCGUGGUGGUGGUUUCCUUGAUUCAGCCGUGGCGCUUCAUCGCCGGCAAUGCCUUGGAUGUCAUGCUCCACGUCGGCUUGUUGGUAGUCCUGGACAUGGCCUCCACUUUUGCCGGAGCGGAGGCCGACAGUGGCACAUCGGUCGUGAUGUGUUUGUUCUUUCUCUUGCUCAUGGGCCUUGGCGUGAUCGGUGCCAUGGCCUAUGGGGUGAUCCUCCAUGUUGCACGUGGGCGCCGGAAGCCCUGGCACUUCUUCCUUUCCCACCAGAAGAGCACCUCGGGGUCUCUGGCGCGCCUCCUGAAGAUUCAGCUGCUGAAGAGAAGCUCUCGUUUCAC